AUGGCAGGCAAAGAAAAUUACAACAUCAAACAACUAAAAUUAGACCAAAUAAAAGUGCAAACGAACACCCCAGAUACCUAUAGAGAAGUGGUAAAGCUACUAAAGGAAAAAAACGCCGGAUACCACACCUACCAAUUGAAAUCGAAUAAAAGCUACAAAGUAGUAAUCAGAGGAUUACACCCAAGAACAAACACAAGCAACAUAUGUAACGAACUAGUCAAAAUCGGACACCAGGACGUCGAAAAACUGGGAAUGCAAUUGGGUUUCACUUUUGGAGGAAGAAAUUUCCAUAAUGUGUCACUGGGUCAAGGCCAAGAACCCAUAGCGCAAGAAGCCAUAGAACUUUCGGCGAACGAAGGCCACUGGGUAAUUUUGCAAAAUGUCCAUUUAGUGAGGAAAUGGUUGCCUACUUUAGAAAAAAAGAUGGAACAAUGCUUGGAGAAUCCACACGAUGACUAUCGAUUGUUCAUUAGUGCGGAACCCAGUCCUGAUCCUCAUGAAUCAAUAAUACCUCAGACAAUAAUUUAUUUUAUACAUUUAUUAGGGUUUUUAACACAAACUGUGGAAAAUUUGUUUAAAACGUUAUUGGGUAUACUAACAAGAACUGCCAGCGAUACAACAAGCGGAGAUAUUUCGAAAGAAGACAAAAUAAAAGGACAAAUAGAAGACUUAUUGGACAAACUACCAGAAGAAUUUAACAUGCUAGAACUUUAUAGCAAGGUGGAAGAUCGUACACCAUUUGUCACAGUAGCUUUACAAGAGUGCGAACGAAUGAAUCUACUGUGUGAAGAACUUAGAAGAUCCCUGCAAGAAUUAGAAUUAGGCUUAAAAGGAGAAUUAACUAUUAAUCCUGAGAUGGAAGAUCUACAAAAUUAUAUAAUGAUGGAUGCUGUUCCGCCGUCUUGGACAAAAAGAGCUUACCCUUCAGAAUUAGGAUUAAACAGUUGGUUCACGGAUAUGUUGUAUCGAAUAAAUGAAUUAUCUAAUUGGACUGCAGAUUUUAACUUACCAGCGUCGGUAUGGCUAGGUGGUUUUUUCAAUCCUCAAUCAUUUCUAACUGCAAUUAUGCAACAAACCGCACGCAGAAAUGAAUGGCCAUUGGACAAAAUGUGUUUAUAUUGCGAAGUACUGAGAAAAACCAAAGAAGAAGUCACAUCAGCACCAAGAGAAGGCGCAUAUAUAAACGGAUUGUACAUGGAAGGUGCACGGUGGGACGUUCAAGCAGGAUGUAUCAUGGACUCUCGAUUUAAAGAAUUGUUUCCAUUAUUACCAAUAAUGUAUAUUAGGGCGAUUACACAGGACAAACAAGAUUUAAAGAAUAUGUAUGAAUGCCCUGUGUAUAAAACACGAUCACGAGGUCCUACUUACGUGUGGACGUUCAAUUUAAGAACUAAGGAGAGAGCUAGUAAGUGGAUUCUUGGUGGAGUGGCAAUUCUAUUACAAAUAUAAUUUUAUAAAUUAAAUUAUGGUCUAAAUAUGCAAUUAAAAUAAAGAUUUUCGAAAUUGACAAA